AUUUUACUUUUUGAUCAAUUGCAAAAAUGCACUUCUUCAAAUCGCACCUGGUGGUGCUUUUGGUAGUACUAGUUGGUACCUACAAGUGCUUCUGUAGACCUCAAAACGAUGACAAACUGGUGAAAUAUACAAGCGAACAAGAUGAAAACGGCUACAAUUUCAAUUAUUAUAUCGAUACUGGAAUAUCUAGAAACGAAGUUGCGGAAUUUAAAACUGUAGGAGAUUCGAAGGUUUUAGCUGUGAGUGGUUUUUAUGAGUACCCAGGACAGGCAAAUGAUCGGAACACUUACAAAGUGACUUACGCAGCUGACGAAAACGGUUACAGGGCUGUUGUGCAGUUUGGCCAAGUCCCACAGCAAAUUCCUACGGCGGUUUUGUCUUCUUUGGCCGGAGGAGGACUUGGAUAAUUAAUUUACAGUUUCGGAAUUGUGUAGUUUGUUGAUUAUUUUGGAUUGGUUUUUUGAUUUAAAUGAAAUAAUAAAGCAAUUUGUAUAUUUGUAAUAAUUAUGGUAUUUUUAAUAUGAUUUAGAUUUUGGGAAAUUUCGAAAGGUCAUAACUUUUUUUCUAUUAUAAUCAAAAGCUAAAAUUUUCAGCGAUUCUCAUCUUAGUAGAGGACUACAAUCCCUGAAAAUUUCAGCUCAUUUGCAUUUAUAAUUCCUGAGAUAAAAUCGUGUUGAGCAAUUU